GUUGGCUCUCCCUGCAGGGCUCUAUAUACUCUCAGGAGUAGAGUCACUCGCCCUCUUAGUCCGCCUGCCAGGAGAGGGUGAGGAGCGUUGUGUGCAAGGCGAAGGCUUGCACAACUUUAACUCAGUAAACUCUCAAGUCUUGAACAUCUGACGGCUCAAGAUGUCUAAAGGACCAGCAGUAGGCAUUGAUCUGGGUACCACAUAUUCCUGUGUGGGCAUCUUCCAGCAUGGCAAAGUUGAGAUCAUUGCCAAUGACCAAGGAAACAGGACCACACCCAGCUAUGUAGCCUUCACAGACACUGAGAGACUGAUUGGAGAUGCUGCCAAGAACCAGGUUGCCAUGAACCCUGCUAACACCGUAUUUGAUGCUAAGCGUCUCAUUGGUCGAAAGUUUGACGACACUGUAGUGCAGUCAGACAUGAAGUACUGGCCCUUCACUGUUGUGAAUGACUCGACUAAACCCAAGGUGGAGGUCGAAUACAAGGGUGAGAGGAAGACCUUCUAUCCUGAAGAGAUUUCCUCCAUGGUCCUCACCAAGAUGAAGGAGAUCUCUGAGGCUUAUCUUGGCAAGCCUGUGACCAAUGCAGUUAUCACGGUUCCUGCUUACUUCAAUGACUCCCAGCGUCAAGCCACAAAAGAUGCUGGAACCAUUGCUGGGCUUAAUGUGCUGCGCAUCAUCAAUGAGCCCACGGCUGCAGCCAUUGCCUAUGGCCUGGACAAAAAGGUUGGUGGUGAACGUAAUGUCCUGAUCUUUGACCUUGGAGGUGGUACUUUUGAUGUGUCAAUUCUGACCAUUGAAGAUGGCAUCUUUGAGGUUAAGUCCACAGCUGGGGACACUCACUUGGGUGGGGAAGACUUUGACAACCGCAUGGUUAACCAUUUCAUUGCUGAGUUCAAGCGCAAGUUCAAAAAAGAAAUCAACAACAACAAGCGAGCUGUGCGUCGUCUGCGCACAGCCUGUGAACGUGCCAAGCGCACCCUCUCAAGCAGCACACAGGCCAGCAUUGAGAUUGAUUCACUCUAUGAGGGCGCAGAUUUCUACACUUCCAUCACCAGGGCUCGUUUUGAAGAGCUCAAUGCAGACCUGUUUCGUGGAACACUUGAGCCUGUUGAGAAAGCCCUGAGAGAUGCCAAGAUAGAUAAGUCCCAGAUUCAUGACGUUGUCCUGGUGGGUGGCUCCACACGUAUCCCCAAGAUUCAAAAGUUGUUGCAAGACUUCUUCAAUGGCCGUGAACUCAACAAGAGCAUCAACCCUGAUGAGGCUGUAGCCUAUGGUGCAGCUGUGCAAGCAGCCAUCUUGGCUGGUGAUAAGUCUGAGAAUGUACAGGACCUGCUCCUGUUGGAUGUCACGCCCCUCUCCCUGGGAAUUGAAACUGCUGGGGGAGUAAUGACUGUCCUUAUCAAAAGGAACACCACUAUCCCAACCAAGCAAACCCAGACCUUUACCACCUAUUCAGACAACCAGCCUGGUGUGCUCAUUCAGGUUUAUGAAGGUGAGAGAGCCAUGACCAAGGACAAUAAUAUCCUGGGCAAGUUUGAGCUGACCGGUAUCCCACCCGCUCCAAGAGGGGUUCCUCAGAUAGAGGUGACCUUUGACAUUGAUGCCAAUGGUAUUCUUAAUGUGUCUGCAGCAGACAAAAGCACCGGAAAGGAGAACAAGAUCACUAUCACCAAUGACAAAGGACGAUUGAGCAAAGAGGACAUUGAGCAAAUGGUGCAAGAAGCAGAGCAGUUCAGGGCUGAGGAUGAUGCCCAGAGAGAAAAGGUCACAGCCAAGAACUCCCUUGAGUCUCUGGCCUUCAACAUGAAGAGCACUGUGGAAGACGAAAAGCUCCAAGACAAGAUAAGCCCAGAGGACAAGAAGACCAUCGUGGACAAGUGCAACGAUGUCAUUUCCUGGCUGGACAGAAACCAGACAGCAGAGAAGGAAGAGUAUGAUCACCAGCAGAAGGAACUAGAAAAAGUUUGCAACCCCAUCAUCUCCAAGCUAUACCAAGGUGGUAUGCCAGGAGGGAUGCCUGGAGGAAUGCCGGGAGGAAUGCCUGGUGGCUUCCCUGGUGGAGCUGGAGGUGGCUCCUCCUCCGGUCCCACUAUUGAAGAAGUUGACUAAAGCUUUCUUCAACAGCAUCUUUAGCUCAGACCCCAACAUUCACAUACCGUCUUUAAUAACUUAACCAGAAUACAUAUCCAAGUUACAUAAAUACACAUGUUUAUUUAGAUUUUAAUUCUAGCUAUAUUGUUUCUGUCAAAAUGUGGUGUCUGCAACCUUGGGUAAAACCACAAUAGCAAAAUUAUUUUUAAAGUAUAUAGAGAAUAAAGAAAAAAGUGCCAAUGACAAAAAAUGUAUUUUAAAAGCAGACUCCCAUAACUUUAAGAUUUCAAUAUUUAACAAAUGUGAGAAACAAAUGUAUAUUCUGUCUAAUAAGACUCAAUCAAAGCGUUCUUGUUGUCUGUUUAAUGUCUUAUUAUCUAUCUUCCCAGGGAUUAUUUGCAUAAACGAUAAAAGGUAAUCUUGCUUAAUCUGUGUCAAAACAUUAAAUCAAUAAAGCUCACCGAUGAGAUUCUGA